CUAUUUUCUCUCUUUUUGUUUUUCGCUGGUUUUCGUUGAACUGAAUGUCACGUACGCCCGGUCGCGCUGCUCUGCUUGUGGAAUUGUACUUGAAAUCUCUAUGCGCACGACUGCCGCGCUCCUCGCGGCUGUGGCAUCAGCCUCUUUAGCUGCCGCGUCCACGCUGACUCCACCAGUACUCCCACUCAUUGUGAGAACUCCGUACCUGAGCACCUGGCUGGGCAAUGCGCGUGAUAAUCCCUGGGAAAAAUGGCCUACGUUCUGGACCGGUGAAGAGAUUGGCUUUGGCAUCCUCGCGUCAGUUCCUGCCACAAAAACAGCAUACCCACUGCUGGGGCGACCUCAAGAUUCGCUAGGAAAAGGCGGAUACGGCCAUGGAUACAACGUCUCGUUUCCUCGAUAUCUCGGCGCAAGCUACGACGCUUCGACCACAAAUCUAUCGUAUUCAAUCCCAGCGCCGAAGCACGAAGGCAGUGGGAAGCCAUUGCACAUCCAAUUGUCCUUCCUUUCGCCAAUUACUCCGCAAUCGACGCUCCGACAGUCAAUACCUGCAGCGUACUUGACUGUCUCUGUUGAAGGCGAUUUCGAUCUUGAUCUAUACAUCGACCUGAAUGGCCAAUGGGUCAGCGGCAACCGUGGCAGCAAGGUAGUGUGGGAGCUGGACCAGCCUGACCUGGACGGCUACUCGAACCUCAAAAUCUGGAAGGUCAGGCGAGAAACGGAGCAGCUCUUCACCGAAUUCAGGGACCAAGCUGAAUGGGGCACCCUUUGCUUCACAGGUCCGUCAGACGUGAACCAUGAGAGCGGCACCUCUGCUGUCUUGCGGCAGCGAUUCGCCAGGACGGGCAUGCUUCAGAAUCAGAUUGACCAGCACUACCGUGAGAUCAUGGACGAAGAACCGGUCUUUGCCUUUUCCAAGUCGUUCCAGCUGUCAAAUGGCAGUAGCGCCGUGCGCAACACCAAGACGUCCGACAGUGUCAUGUUCACAAUUGCCCAUCUCCAAGACCCUGUCGUUCAGUACGCCUCUGCUCGGGGUCUGACCUUGAUGCGACCCUUGUGGAAGUCCUGGUUCCUCACCGAUACGAACGUUCUCAAAUAUCACUAUCUCGACUUUCACAACGCAGACAGGCUGGCUCGCAACUACUCGGAUCAGCUAGCCAUCGAUGCCUACAAGUCAGGAUCGGAUAGCUAUGUCGACAUCGUUGCUCUAUCGGCAAGACAGGUCCUCCAUGCUACCAGUUUCGCCGGUACACCGGACAAUCCCAUCCUAUUUUUGAAGGAGAUCUCUUCCAACGGCAACUGCCAAACUGUGGACGUCAUUUUCCCGGCCUUUCCCUUUUUCUUGUACACCAAUCCUCGCUGGCUCGCUUAUCUGUUGGAACCACUCCUAGAGCAUCAGCUUAGCGGCCAGUACCCAAAUCAAUACUCAAUGCACGAUCUAGGCACACACUUCCCCAAUCAAACGGGCCACCCAGACGGACGAGAUGAAUACAUGCCUGUCGAGGAGUGUGGAGACAUGCUCAUCAUGGGCCUUGCACUUGUAAACUCCCUGAAGUAUGGCUCAGGGUAUGAUGUGCAGUCCAUCUGGUCACUUGUAGGAAACGAAGCCUCCAUCAACGAGGACACGGAGAGCGUCUGGCCAUUGACCAGCGUCGGUGCGUACGAUGGCAUUUCUUACAUUGAUGACACCUGGGCCGGUAGUCACGGCUUGAAAAAGGCCGAGAAGUGGCUGAAGAAGAGCUACCGUCUCUGGAAGCAAUGGACAUCGUACCUUGUCGAAUUCAGCUUGGAACCUCACAAUCAGCUGUGUACUGAUGAUUUCGCCGGCUGGCUGCCUCUGCAGACCAACCUUGCCCUAAAAGGCAUCAUCGGCAUCAAAGCCAUGAGCGAACUUGCCAGCGUCGUCGGGGAGGAUGCCGAUGCGAAGUACUACAAGAACAUAUCGGACGUCUACAUCAAGAAAUGGCAGCAGUUCGGCAUGUCGCGCGACGGUAGCCACGCAAAGCUCUCCUACAACUGGUAUGGCAGUUGGACCACCCUUUACAGCCUCUUCGCCGACUCCAUCUUGUGCUUCCACCCUACCAUCACCGGAAAUGCGGCGUCACCGCAUUCAGCAGAUUCGCAUCAUCACAUGCUUGCCGCCGGUCAGCAGCUGCCUCUUCAAGAGGGUGCUGUGCAUUCUCCAGCCACGUCGCAUCGGGACUUCAUCCCGCACUCAAUCUACGUCAACCAGUCCUCGUGGUACUCGCUAGUCAUGCAGCGGUACGGCCUUCCGCUCGACAGCAGACACCUGCAAGCCAAGUCCGACUGGGAGUUCGAGGCGGCCGCCGUUGCAGAACCCGCGGUCAGAAAGGACAUUCUCGAUCGCGUCAGCCGCUGGCUUAACGAAACCAGCACGGACCGAGCCUUCACAGACUUGUACGACACGGAAGGCACCGGCGGGUUCCCCCCCACGCGUUUCCUGGCCCGACCCGUCGUGGGUGGACACUUCAGCUUCCUCGCUCUGGAGCGAGCCUGUGGCGGUGGGAACAGCGUGUAGCCACCUGUCACAUCCGGAAUGAUUCACGAUCGCAUGGAACGAAAACGCAUGUGCAGCGUAGCGUAGAACCGCUGCGCGCUAGUGUGAUGAUGAGAUGAGGCAAAGAGUCGAAUCCACAUGUAACCAUAAGCGAGCUACGUUCUGUCACAAACACAAAAUAUAACCAAAACAAGCACAACCCCA